GCAUGUGUGACCUUCGCGGCAGCCACUUGGAGAAUCGCGAUUGGAGCCGGUCAGACGUGAGGAGUCGAGUAAGACAUCAAGCGACCCAGCAAUCAGAAGUGAUCAAAGAAAAGAAGAGGUUUAUUAAUUUAAAAGAAGGACAUGGGUGACGUUGCAAAAGGAAAGAAAGUGUUUGUCCAAAAGUGCGCGCAGUGUCACACGGUGGAAAAUGGCGGGAAGCACAAAGUCGGUCCAAACCUCUGGGGUAUCUUCGGGCGCAAAACGGGCCAGGCUGAAGGCUAUUCCUACACGGAUGCAAAUAAAAGCAAAGGGAUUGUCUGGGGAGAAGCCACGCUCAUGACAUACUUGGAGAACCCCAAGAAGUACAUUCCAGGAACAAAGAUGAUCUUCGCCGGUAUCAAGAAGAAGGGAGAGCGUGCGGAUCUAGUUGCAUAUUUGAAGUCGGCCACCUCUUAGACGACACUUUUCUCGCCUUAAUUUAUCUGUACGUUCUGUUUAUGUGAUGUAAAUUCCAGAAUGAAUUCUUUCACCAAGACAAUGCAUUAAUCAGUCAUACAUGCUAUUUUCAAUGGCACACCAUGCCUUCCAUCUGUUGCCAGACCAUGAAGUGAAGAACAGUUCAUGCUGUGUUUUUUCGGUUUAUGCAAGCAAGUGCCAUCGCUGGUGGGCUCUCAGUGCGUCGGCUUGAACAGAUACCUCAGUGGUCAUUGUAGGUGCUGAGAUGUCUCCUGUGUUGGAAGAGAAUAUGUAUUUCCUGGUUUCACAGGUGCUUUUGACAUUAACUUAUUCAUUGUACCCUAUGCUACGUAUUCCAGAAGGCACUAUGUGAUUUGCAAGUGGCUGUACAUACAGCAGUUUCUAUGUAUCUGGAAGGAUUUUCAAUAAACCUGUUAAAAGUGUC